CAGAAAGAAUAGAAUCAACGUCUGUUCUUGUUCUAGUUAAACUCAACAAAGUACUACAGUUUGCAGCUGACGACUGCGACGAUUAGGUAGAAGGUUUAUGCGCAGUGCAGUAUCACAUGUCAAUGCUCGCUGCGCAUGUACUUACCGGUGAAAAAGUCAUGGCAGGUGUUUCGGCUGGUUCUUGUUGUUGACUAUUUCUUAUAUUUAGAUAACAGGUUACUUAGAACUUUCUCGAAGGACAAUGAUAACGCGUAUGUUACAUAAUUUAAAAAACUUAUUUUAAGUAACCGAUUGCCAAAGUCAUUGUAAAUUAUGUCGAACACACGGGAAGCAGAGGUAAGCAUUUGUACAAAUCUUUAAGGAACGCGGAAACGCGUGUGUGAAAGAACAAAAAUAUGAAGAGGCUAUGUUUCAUUACACUCAUGCCAUUAAACUAGACCCAAAAAAUUACUCCUUGUAUAGUAAUCGAUCAUUUGCAUUUUUAAAAUUACAACAAUAUCAUUUUGCAAUGGAAGAUGCAUUAAUGACAAUUCAAUUAAAACCUGAUUGGACCAAGGGUUAUUUUAGAAAGGCUGAAGUAGAGUCACAAACCUUCCGCUUCAGUGAAGCACUUCAAUCUUACAAUAAAGCUUUAUCCUUUCAACCAAAUGAACCAACGAUUUUAGAAGCAAUGAGCAGAGUAACACAAUUAUUAAUUAAAGACAAACGAGCUGAUCAACAAAUACCCUGGCUUGGUGCUGGUGUUGGUAUCAUACUUGGAGUAAUAGUUGUAAUUGCUGAUUAUGUUUUUACAAAUAAACCCACAUUAACGCAUCCUCUUUUGAUGGCCUUAUUAACGAUGUCUAUAGCAAUGCUAGGUUUUGGCAUUGCAAAGGGAUUCCGUUAUUUUGUAAAGUGUCAAAGAAAAUCACUUUUGGAACCUCCAACGGAUCUCUUUGGUGGUAAUAAAGAAGAAUUUGAUGAUGUUGAAGCAGAAAUGAAUAACGAGAAGGAAAAACAUUCAAAAUAUAGUAAAGCACAAGCACGACAAAGAUUCAGGAAAGGAAAAUCGUAGUGUGCUUUGAUAAUAAUAAUAUUAAUAAUGACUUACAUACAUUUUUAUGUAAAUUUUAAAUUUAUACACAUUUUAGCAUCUCAAGAAUGCACUGAAUGUUUAUGAUCAAUGUUAUUGCAUUGACAGAAGGUUUUAUUGGUACUGUUUACAUUUUAUACUUCAGUUACCGUUAAACGAUUUUAAAGUAUUGAGAACAUGUGCCAGAAUUUCUAUAUUUCCCCAUAUUUUAUGUUUAGAAAUUCUUAUAUAGAGCAACAUUUCCUAAUUAAUAAUCGAGUCCAUGUAUUACAAAUAUAUUAUUUUAAUCCUUUUGAGAUGUAUCACAAGAAAUAAGGCUGCAAUGAUAAUAUAAUAAUUGGUAAGUUAUGUAGUACAAAUAAUUCUAAAUUUCAAAUCAUAAGAAGAUCUUUAAUCGUUAUAUAAAUUAUAUCGAUAUUUAAAAAUAUGAAAUGUUUCAAUUUUGAUAAAUAUUGACGAAAAGUAAUUUAUGCCAUUUAUACUUUGUCACAGUCAUAUCGUAGGAUCAAAUAAUUUAAACACAUCACCUUUAUCUGAUUCAUACAACGAAUAUCUUAUUCUUAAUAUAAAGAGUAAUUAUUGACACUCAACUUUUUGCACUAUUUGUCACAAUAAACGUAAGAAAUAUUCUAACUAAAUAUAAUCAAUUGCAUAACAACUGUUUAA